GGUCAUGACUAGCACCAAGUGCCGAACUCUAUGCUCGCCCGUAAACGAAUGUCUCUCCCCCACUCGUUCCCGUCCCCAAAUGUAUCCAUCUAUCUGUUAUCUAAAGGGUUCAGAAAAUAGCGCGUCCUCCUCUUCGCAACAAUAACUCUCUCUCUAUCUGUUAUUUAUUACUGCGUUCAAAACAGCCUACUUCGCAGAGCUUUAGUUAGCAGCGGCAUAGCCUGGGGUUCCGAAGCAUAGCCCGAAGCGACAAGUUGUCGCUUCAGUGUCCCGACAACUCGAAAAAUUUAACUAAUCAGUGCGCUAAGAACGAAAAGAAAAAGGCAGGUUACGCAUAGUUCGACUCUGCGCUACGCUAUACUGCCAGUUAGUCUUAAGGGGGUUGUCACCAAAGAGACAAAGGCGACAAAAUAGGUUGCGAUUGAGUCCUAACUAUAUAUCUAAGCUAUACUGCCACAGGGGGUAGUGGCUCCAGCUUCACAAUCAUGCCGAAGGUGGGGAUAUGGCAGUGCGUGAUCACGGCGCUGAUUGUCGCACUCGGGGCACCACUGCUGCAUUACCUGUGGUUCUUGCUGCGGAGGAUAUUUCAACGUGAUCUGCCGCCUGGACCGCUAGGCCUGCCCCUUCUCGGCUACCUACCCUUCAUGACCAAGGACGGACAUCGGGACAUCGAGGCGCUCAGGCAGAAGUACGGCAACGUGUUCGGACUCCACUUGGGUUUCCGGUAUGUGGUCUUUUUGUGCGACUUCGGCUCCAUAAAGGAGGCUCUCUCGAACGACGUGCUGCUCAACCGGGCCCAAGAGUUCCCGCUCAACGUCCACGAGAAAUCUCAAAGCAUGAUUCUGGCCAACGGGCCACGGUGGAGGGAACAGCGCCGGUUCACGAUGAGGACAUUCAGGACACUGAUCAGUACAACGCAGGCUCUCGAGACGCAUAUACACGACGAACUGUCGAACUUGGUUCGUGAGUUGGCGUCCCGCAAGGGCGAACCCGUGGCCAUCAUGUCGCUGUUGACGUCCAGCACGUCCAACGUCAUCACGGCGUUGAUGUACGGCCGGAGGUACGAGUAUGGCAGCCCCGAGCGCGUCGAGCUGGACGAGCUCGCCGAAGGGAUCCCAUCGCUGGCGGCCCAGAUGUCGGCUAUCAACUUCUUCCCGUGGCUGCGCAGAGUGCUCUCCAUGCUUCGCAUAGGACCCUGCGGGAGGCUCAGGAGCGCCAUGCUGCAGAGGGAUCGCUUCUCAGAGACCCUAAUAGGCCUUCACGAGAAAACUUAUCAGGAUGGCCUGGUUCGUGACUACAUUGAUGGUUUUCUCGGUGAGAUGCGACGACCAGAGCAAGAAAAGAAGACUUUCACGCGAGACGUGCUCAGGAGCAACGCGUCGUCCUUCUUCGGAGCCGGGAGCGAGACCGUGCGCUCCGCCAUAGAAUGGUUGCUGGUGAUGUGUGCCGCCAAGCCUGAGAUGCAGAAGCGCAUAAGGGCCGAGAUCGACGUCGUGCUCGGUCAAAGCGGCCAAGGUUCUCGCGUCCUGUGGGAAGACCGCGGCAGGAUGCCGUACACGCAGGCCUUCAUCUGGGAGAUGAUGCGCUGCGAGCCAAUCAACCCUUUCGGCCUCAUGCGAAGUGCCAACGAGGACACGAAAAUAAGCGGCUACUGCCAUUCCGCGAGGCAGCGUCGUGGUGCCUUCGCUUAUGUCCAUUUUCUACGACGCCUCCUUCUGGGAGGACCCGGAAGUUUUCCGACCCGAGCGCUUCUUGGUCGACGGAGGGACCCGAGCCAGCAAACCGGAGAGGCUGAUCGCCUUCUCAUACGGCAAGCGUUCGUGUCCCGGGGAGUUGAUCGCCAACAUGGAGACGUUCAUCUUUCUUACAUCUAUCCUGCAGCACUUCAUCGUCGAGGCGCCUUCUAGUGGUCCGGCACUUGCUUUCGACGAGGAGUUGAGCUUAUCGCUUAGGCCCCGAUCGCAGGAAUUGGUUUUCCGCGCGCGCGAAGUGUGCGCUUGAAAACACAUUAAGAGCACUUAAAUCAUAGCCGUUCCGAAACUACGUUUCAAACUCCUGCGCAUCCUCGGCUACCUCUAUGCGGGGGUUUAAUAGGCACACGCCGCAGGUGAUCGAGAAGAUGUAGAUCGUCGUCUCCCACGUGGCUUCCGAGAGCGCAGACGUGUCCUAUUCCCGAGGCCAUGUCACUUAUCGCUCACUAAAACGUAAUUGAAAGGCCUAAUAUGAUUCGAAAGUUGGCUUGAAAUAACCAAUAUGUCAGAAGAUUUGCGCACACGAUUCACAAGCCAUUACAAAUGGACAUUGCCUAUUGCUUCUGAUGAGAGUCCGGUAUGUGCAUUUUUGUCUCUGAGAGUAUAGGUACAGCCUUUUUACAGUGCAUUGUUGUAUUGGCCAAGGAUUCACGGAAAUUCUGUGAAGACUGUUCGUAUUCAUCUCGACAUGCACGUAGUCACCACCACAUUAUCCGCACAUUCACCAUAUGGAGAAGAAAGAAUUAUGCCUAUCGAACCUACAUAUUGGAGUCUGAGAAGCGAAGCUUUCUUGAAAUGGUUAAAUAAAUGUCAUGCAACUGAUUACAUUCUGCAUAGCGAUUACCUGCACGGCUGACUGCCAUAGCGAUUAC